CACAUUUGCAAGUUGACAGUUUGUUGUUGUGUUGUGGAUAUUUUGGUGAAACUUGUUUCCCUGUAUUUCAAAUGUUUUUAAAGUUUAUAUAGUUUUUUUUUUGAUAAAUAAGGAAUUUCUGUACUGCACCAUUGCUUUAUGCUUUAUAAAUAACUGAAUAUAGAAAAAAUGUUUGAUGAAGAUAAUUAUGGUUCAUUUGAUCCGACCUCAAAUGCAACAAAAAACACUUAUUCAAAGAAAAAGAAGGAGAAACUAUCAGAAGAAAUGCCUUCAACGUCUGAAUAUAUUGAACUGAAAAACGUCUCUCAUGAAUUAAGCCAGUUACACACUUGCAUUGAUUUAGGUAUUGAGACGACGAAUGUUUCUAAUGUCACUCUUGGUACCGAUAAUGAAGGUUUUGUUCUCGAAAAAGCCGAGAGAGAGUUUAAUGCUACUGAGGACUUAAUUGAUGUCUUAGAAAAUACUUUGAGUGAAAACGAAUCACUUACAGACACAACACGAAAAAGGAGGUCAACAAGUUACAAUGCUAACCCAGAUAAUAAAAAUCUAAAACAAGAAAUUUCAAAUGAUUCAGUUGUUCUGCUACCUUCUACAUCUGUCAAUAGAGCCCAAGACGUUGAUACUAAGCCUCAAAAGAUGAGGGCUGUAAUUGUAAAUGUUAUGAAGGGUAAGAAGACUCCCAAAGCAAUUCUUAAUAAGACUUGGGAAGAGCUUAAGGGAAAGGAUGUUUCUGAAACGGUCAAUCAGGGGUUCACCGAAAUUAAGACAACCGACAAAAGAUCAAGGAGGACUAAACCUGAGACUCGUAUUAAAGCGAUCAAGCCUAAGGUUAAAAUAGGUGCCAGUGGUAAAAAGAUUGAGUAUUAUCAUUGCGAGUUAUGCGAUUACAAGACACGGUCGAAUACCAGCUUCAUUCACCACCAAUACAUCCACAAUGUUGUCAAUAAGAUUGAAGUAUAUAAAUGUGAUGACUGUAACUUCACAUGUAAUAAUCAUACGGCAUUGCUGAGCCAUAAGGCCAAUCAUGCGCAACAACACAUUUCCUAUAAGUGUAACUUCUGCGAUGAUGCGUUUAAUAAAAAAAAUCUAUGUUUGUUCCACACUUUAACACACAAAGAAAUACCAGAUUUGGAAGAGCAAUUAUUUUGUGUUGUUUAUAACCUUUUAAUUGAUGAACAGUAUUAUGAAUGCUUUCAGUGCGAGUUCAAACAACAAGACGAUUCAUCGAUGAGUCUCCAUAUUGUUGGGCACCAAAUAGAAACACCUCUAAAUCCGAUUGUCGCUCGCUUUAAGUGCCAGCGUUGCGACUACUACACAAAAACUGAAGACAUGAUUGCAAAACAUAACCUGCUGCACCAUUCAGAUAAUAAAAAACCCUUGAAGAGAAAAAAGUGUGCCGCGAAUGAAAGUGCGGCAACAAGCACCGACAGCUGUGCCCCUGGUUCGGCUGUUAAUUUGGAAGGGAAGGAACAAGAUGAGACCGUCUUAUAUUCCGGAAAACCGGUUCUUAAAUGCGACCAUUGCCAUUUCCUCACAAGGAAUCCAAGAAGUUUGACUAAUCAUACAAGUUUGAAGCAUAAAAGGAAGUAUAAAGAAACCAAGGAAGAUGAUAAAGAAGAAAAACAAUUAUAUUUCUGUAACGAGUGUGCAUACAGCACCCACAGAAAAUUAAAUAUGCCCAGACACGCGCUAGUUCACAAAACCAAGGCAGAUAUUGAAAUAUUCGAGUGCCCGCAUUGUUUCUUUGAAACCAAGCAUAGAAGAAGCUAUGUGAGACAUAUGAAAGAUCUUCAUAUGGUCAUUAUUUAAAAUAGAAGAAAGCUUUAGAAAAAUAUAAGUUUUAAUAUGUUAGUUUCUGUAUAAAGAUACAAACUUUAUUUUCUAGUACUUUUUAUUUUAAGAAUAAAAUUGGUAAUAUUACUCCCUACUCGCUAGACAA